UUUUUUUUCCCUCCCUUCAUCCUUUAUUCAUCAUGCAUUUCAAUUCCCUAUUUGCCAUUUGUUGUCUGGUAACCUGUCUUGCUCUUGUUCAAGACGUUGUCUGUAGUAAGGAGGAAAUCCAAAGCGUACGUGUCAGUAUGUCUCGUCUCAAUAGACGUCGCAAGUUUGUUGAACGUAACAAUUGUCAUAAUACCUGUCAUUCCUCCGCCUCAAACACAGCCACCGCUACCGUCGUCUCAAGUAACACAGAUUCAAGCUCCAAUGGCUCUGGCAACGGCAAUGGCUCUGGUAACAGUCAUAAUAAUGGCUCUGGCUCUAGUAACAGUGGUAAUGGCUCCAGCAACAGUGGCGGCUCCAGUAACGGCAGUGGAUCAGGAAGCAAUGGCGGCUCUAGCAACAACGGUGGCUCAGGAAACAACGGUAGUCCUAGUAACGGUAAUGGCUUUAACAAUGGUGGUAACUCUAACAAUGGUCAAGCCAUUGGUGGACAAGGUGGAGCCGGUGGCUCUGGUGGUCAAGGCGGUGCAGGUGGCUCAGGAGGUGCUGCCACUGCCAAUACGGGUGGUUACCAAGGACUUUCUCCCAUUGCUGGUGGUGUCGUCGGUUCUGGUUCAGGUGCGGCAAAUACCGUGAAUGGGUUUGCAGGCGGUGCUGCACCCGGUUUUGUAAGUGGUCCCGCCGGAGGUCUGACUACGCCUGUCACUGAUUUAACUAGUGUUGUACCAGGAUUCGGUCCUGGUGGUGGAAGUCCUGUAGAUAAUCUAGGUGGACUUACUUCAACCGCAGGUGGACUCACUAAUACUGCGGGUGGUGUAACAGGUGCUGCUGGAGUCCUUACAGGAGGUUUAUCAGGCCUUACUGGCGCUAGUGCUCCUCCUCCUUCGUCUGCCCCUGCUCCUGCUGCUGCUGGUGGUGCUGGUGGUGCUACGGGUAGCACAGGUGGCGCUGUAGGUAAUCUUGCUAACCCUGACACAUUGGGUAGUAUUACUGGUCUUGCUAGUGGAUUAGGAUUAACAAGUCCAUCUACACCCGCUCCUGCUGAUACCAAGAAAGGUGACGACGAUGAUGAUAGUGAAGAUGAUGACGAAGAGUAGAAAAAGAAACAAAUUUACCCACACACAUACAAAAAAAAGAAGGGAUAUAGCAGAUGUACUGCUACAUACAGAUAUAUAAAUUUUACCAGAUGGUAACAGUUCUUUCCU